AUGGACCCCAGCACCUACCCCUAUGGUGACGGCAAGACCGGUGAUGCCACCAACUUCGGUAUCUUCAAGCAGAAUUGGAUGAUGCUGCGCACUUCCGCCACCGAGUUUCUUGGCGACAAGGUUGAGGAUGUCAAGAAGGGCGAUGUCCUGAACACCAACCUUGAGAAGGAUAUCAAGGCCCGUCACGACGGCGAGAAGAAGUACGGCUUUGACGUCUGGUACGCUGGUCACCGCAACGGCGCGUCCGGUCUCGAGAACCCCAACACUCAGGAUAUCACCAACUACAAGAGCGCUGUCAAGUGGAUCAAGUCCCAGAUCGAGAGCGACAAGAAGUACCAGAGCGACGACACCCGUUUCUGGGUUGAUGUCGUUGCCAUCUAA